AUGCAACUAAAUGAAGAACAAUAAGAAAAAGAUAAUGAAGUCGAUUAUUAGCAUGUUUAUAAUUCAAGUUUGUUUCGUAAAUUAACAACUCAAUAAAUAAGAAAGAUUCUUAACCCUUACAAGUAAAAUGCAAAAGAAGUUUUAUAAGAGUUAUCAAAUCAAAUUGACACCUUGGAAGAAGGGUUGAAGAAAUAUCAAAAUGAAAACACUAUGAUACCACCUAGUAAAUAAUAGAUUUUGGAUAUUCUCUAACAAAAUACUGCAUUUACACCAACCGAAUCUAUCCAGUCAUUAUUAUCAGAGAAAACAAAACUGAAAACCAGUUACCUUCAUGUUGAUAAUCUCUACAUGUAUUUAGUUACAAAUACUAUUUAGAAAUCAGGAUGAACAUAUCCCUUAAACCAAAUUGGAGAUUAUGUAAAUGGCUUUGUCUAAUAAGACCAUUCAAAAACAACAAAGAAAGGCUAUUAAAUCAGAUGACCUUUCAAAAAAGAGAAAGAUUAUCAUGCAAAUUCAAUAGAGAAUAAACUAAGAUGAAAUUAUGAGAAAGAAGAAAGAGGAAGAAGAGAGGCUGCGAUUAUUGGAAGUACACUUAUCUUAUAUACAAGAAAUAAGCUAGAGAAGUCGAUGUUGGAUAGUUGACUUUAAAUAUGAUUUCAGAUCUAAGGAAAAAAUAUUUUAAUGAAUUAGUUUCCACAGAUACAGAUGAGAAGUUUAAGAGAAUUAAAGAAAUUAAAGAAGUUUAUGUUCCAUAAUAACUGAAUAAAGUUAAAGAAGGAUGUAUAUCAUUAAUACUAUGAUAAGAUCAAAAAUAAUAAUAGGAGAAACUGAAACAUGAUUUAGUAUCAAAGAAAUCGCAAUUCAACUCAUACUAUUAAUUGCUUGCUCUUGAGAGAACUAUGAAAAGUGUAGUGGCAUUGAAACUUAAACCAGAAAUCAAAUCCUAUUCGAGAUUUAAAGGAGCAGAAAUUCCAAAAAACUAUUCAUCUAUCAAUAGUAUCGUUAAGGGGAUCAUUCAUACAUCCAAAAAUUCAGAUAACAAAGGAUUUAAUUGA